UUUCAGCAAACCGGACAAUGGAGAGUGGCAGCGGAGAUGGCAGCGAAGAUGGAGCGGUGCCGGUGGCAGGGGAUGACCAGCUACAGGAGUUGAGGGAACGCAUUGGCAGGCAGAUUAAGCUCGACGGCACCAUCAUCGACGCCAUCAAGGGCAUGACGGGGAUGCUGUCAGAGCGGUCGCCGCACAUCUGCUCUUGGGGUUGUCGUGCAGUCAUGAAUGUUGCACGCAGUGACGUUCAAGAUGUGCCGGCUCUGCAAGAGCUGAAUGCCCUGGAAGCCGUGCUGCGGUGCAUUCGCCUGCAUCCGCAAGAUGAGAGCGUACUCACCAGCGCGCUCGGUGCCCUUCGUUACCUCUUUGCAGCUGACGUGUGUGCGCAGCUGUUUGAUGCAAGCAUGGCCGCCGUGCUGGUGGUGGCGGUACGGGAGCACGGGUCCGAUAAGCCCAUCAUUCUCGAACACGCCAGCGGCUGCUGCUCCGCCCUUUCCAACACAGGCGAGGGCCGAACCAUGCUGGGCGACAGCGGGGUGCUUGAGGCCAUAUUGGGUGCUGCAUCACACCACCUCACGGACGAGCCGACACCAGCGCUUCGAAUGGCCAUCGCUGCCGUUGCUGCAAUGUGCCAGAACCACGACGGCAACAGCGGGCGUGCGGAGACCAACGGCGGCCUGCCGCUGUGUCGCAAUGUCCUCUUCAAAUACACGGCCCAUCCCGACACCCUCGCAGCCGUGUUCACCCUGCUCGAGUGUCUGUCAACCCGCGACUCGUUCCGCGAGUGUGUGCGCACGGAGCACCUGCUGCCUGCGGUUGUCGCUGCGCUGACCGCCCACGCUGCAACGCACGUGUCGCUGGCGGAGUCAGGGUGCAGGCUGGUUGCUCGCCUCGCCCAGUCCGAAGAGAACAGAGUGCAGCUGCUGAUUCUGAACAUUCUCCCCGUCAUCAUUGAUGUGCUCGAGAUCCACAAAGACCACACGGAUGCGAUUCUGUACGCGUGCUGGGCCAUUGUUGAGCUGGCCGUCUCCAAUUUCCCAGAAGAAGGGGAGGAGCACGACACGCUGGACGAAGACGACGACAGGGGCGAACGGGCGGAUUCGGGGCCGCAAGGAGAGGAGAGCGCGAGCGUUUUAGGCCUGGCCUCGCCACGUUUUUCUGUCGUCAGCGGUCCUUUUGAGGGCCCCACUACCUACGAGCCGGAUGACGAGGACAUUUCAGUGCUGUCGGAACAUGAGCAAGCAUUUGAAGACGUCAUCACCUCCAUUUUGAAGAACAUGAAGCAGCACAAGGACAAGGCAGACGUGCACCGAUACGGCACCCUUGCCCUUGAAAACCUCGCAAGCAGAUCAGAGCGUUUGCGUGUUGCAAUUGCUGUGAAGAACGGUGUGCACAUCAUCAUCAUCGGCAUGAAGCAUCACAUGAAGGAGCCACAUGUUCUCGCAAACGCAGCGCACGCCCUCGCCGUCCUCGCAGCAGACGAUGAGAAGAUGCAUCGCCACAUCACCAUGAUACGCGGCAUCAACUACACGCUCAAGGCCAUGGCCAUGCACCCAGAGGAGGAGGAUGUUCAGUUCAACGCCUGCCGUCUCCUUGCAAACCUCUGCCUCACACCGGAGGUGUGCGAGGAAGCGAUGCGACAACACGCCGCCACAAUGUGUCUGAAUGCCCUUGAUCGCCACCGCUCAAACUUCGACGUACUCGUGUACGGCUUUCGCCUCCUGGAGAACCUGUCCACGCAAGCUGCCGUUCGCAAGCAGCUGCAGGAGGACGGGCGGGCGCUGCGCAUAUGUCUGGACGGACUCAAAGCGCACGCGAGCGACGCGGACCUGCAGAUAUCCGGCAUUCGCUUGCUCGAACGCCUCUCCUUCAACGAAAACAACCACGUGGUUGCGAAUUCCGCGUGUGUGAGCGCCGUUCUGUUUGCGCUUGAAAUGCAUUUGAAACUGGGCGAUGUUGUUGCAUCGAGCCUGUUCACGCUCAACAGCCUGGCGCUGAACGGAGCCAACAGACAGGCGAUUAUGGCCGCACACGGACACGAACUCCUAAUGCUUGUCAUCAAGCGAUGGCGCCGGCGUGCUGAUUUGCUGAAAUACGCGUGCGGCGCCCUCAGCAACCUUGCAUUCAAGAGUGACAAGAUCCGCCAGGCCCUGCUUGUGGCCGGCGUUGCAAAGGCCAUGUGCGCACUCAUUAAGGACAAGAUUGACGAACCAGAGGUGAUUCUGCCGGCCUGCGCCGUUCUGCGGAACCUGUCGUCACACAUCAAAUCGCACCGCAAGUCUGUGUACGAUGCGGGUGCAUUCGAGACGAUGGCGACCGUGCUGAGCGAGCACGGUGCCGACACCACGCUCGUGUAUUGGGCGUUUGGCGUCCUCAACAACAUCUGCCGCGAGCCCGCCAUCAAGCGUGAGGCCGUCCGUAUUGGCUGGGUCGACAGGUGCACUGCAGCCAUGAACCAGUUUGAAGAGACAUCGCCUGCGUAUCAGGCCGCACUUGAGCUGUGGACGCGCCUCCCAAAGCCAAAGAAGCACGACAGGAGUGGAGUGCGCGUCGAGACAACCCCUGAUUCCGUCCAGGAGAUGACGGGCGCUGAGCUGAUGACCUUCGCGUGAUGUUGUACUGCACACACACACACACACAUAUUCUGUCUCUGUCCCUCUCUGUCUCUGCCUCUCUCACUCACUCACACAUACACACACUCUGUCUUGUUCGCUAUUCGCGGUUCGCAUGCGCUGUGUGUUCUAAUUGAUGACAUGUAUGGGCUGUUGCAGGUGUUAUUCCGAACUUGUUUGUUUGGAGGGUGACAUGAUGGUUGAACGAAAGUAAAGGGUG